AUGGCCAGUCCAUCCUGUGUGGUAGUGGCCCUACUGCUGCUGGCAGAGGUCUCCAGGCUUGGAGAAGGGGCUUCUAAUCCCGGGUUUGUGGCCAGGAUCACCGGAGAAGGCCUGGAAUAUGUCCGCCGAUAUGGAAUGGCCACCCUGAAGAAGGAGCUGUCCACCAUCAGCUUGCCUGAUCUGUCAGGAAGCUUCCGUGCCAGUUUGAUGGGAAGUGUGAGCUAUGAGUUCAGGAGCCUGAAAAUCCGAGACUUCCAACUCAGUGACUCCAGUCUGAGUCUAUACCCAGGGCAAGGCAUCGAGGUCUCCCUGUUCACUAACUACGUGUCUGUCCAAGGGAACUGGAAGGUGAAAAAGGAUUUCAUCAACUCCAUUGGCCACGUCAGCAUUGACCUUUCCGGAAGCCUAAGCUGGCUCCUGAACCUCUUCCAUGAAAUAAUUGGAAAUAGCUUGAAAAAUAUCGUGAAGGACAAGAUCUGCGAAAUGGUCAUGCAGUUAGCAACCUCACACCUGAAGCCCCAUCUCCGGACUCUGCCAGUCAUCUUGGAGAUGGACCAGGUUGCUUUCAUUGACUACCGUUUAGUGGGAGCUCCGCAGGUGACCUCCCAAGGCCUGGACAUACCCUUCAAGGGUCAAUUCUUUGGUCACAGCACGCACUCCACGGUCCCCUUUAAUGCUCCGCCCAUCGAGCUUCCCCAAGAGCAUGACCUCAUGAUCUACUUUGCAGUCUCCGAAUAUGUCUUCGACACAGCCAGCUGGGUUUACCACCAGGCCGGGCACAUGAACUUCACCAUCCGAAAUGAGCACAUACAGAACCUAAUACAGUUCGUUGACAACCACUCAGCCAAAGAAUGGUGGAAGUCCAGCUGCCAGGACAUACCAUUCACCGCCACGAUUUCCUGCUUCUCAAGCAACUUCCUGGGUCACCUGCUGCAGCUUCCCCUGGACUUUCCAAUUGACCUGAACACCAAAUCGUUUGAGGCUGUGAUUCCUCAGCUGUCCAGGUUGUACCCUAAUAAGGAGCUAGAGCUUGAGGUGUCACCUGAAUCAGCUCCAUUCCUUGUGUUCACCCCUGGAAAUGUGGUCCUUGUGCCAGUGAUAAACAUCCAGGCCUUCGUCCUCCUGCCCGAGUCCUCUGACCGCAGGCCACUCUUCCAACUCAGGGCGAGAACCAACAUCUUUGCCACCAUCAGGGUCAGCUCCAACAGGAUCCAGGGCUCAGUGACCCCAGGAAGCAAGCUGAAAUUGGAACUGAUACACUCCAACAUCAAUUUCUUCUAUGUGCAGUUGAUGGAAUCUGUCUUGAAUUACUAUGCAACCCACAUCAUAUACCCCUCUCUCAAUGCAAAGCUUGAGGAGGGCUUCCCACUUCCUCUGCCAAGGGACACCUACCUCAGCGACUUGCAGCUCCAGAUCCACGAGAACUUCUUGUUCGUGGGGGCCAACAUGGAAUAG